AGCCGAAGAUGUCACCUCGGUCAUGUGAUCAGCUGUGUCCAAUCACAGUGGAUCGCAUGUAAAUAGGGAAAUGUCGGUUAUUGGCAUUUCUCUCCUCAUGAGCUGUCAUGCUGACAGCUGCCCCAGCAGUGCCACCUGUCAGUGUCCAUCUGUGCCAGCUGUCAGUGCUCAUCCAUGCCACCUGCCAGUGCACAUCAAUGCCACAUUUCCGUGCCUACCAGUGCACAUCAAUGCCACAUAUCAAGUGCCCAUCUGAGCUGCCUUUCAGUGUCACCCAUCAGUGCCAGUCAGUGCCGCAUAUCAGUGCCAGUCAGUGCCGCCUAUCAGUGCCAGUCAGUGCCGCGCUAACACUGCCACCUAACAGUGCCAGUCAGUGCCGCCUAUCAGUGCAGUGCCGCCUAUCAGUGCCAUAUAUGAGUGCUGCCUUUCAGUGCCUAUCAGUG